AUGGCAGAAAGCGACCCCAAAGCAAGGCAGGAGCUGCUCGACAUGUGGCGCAUCUACCGCACAACGAAGGAGAUGUGCAGAGACAGGGGCUACAACGUCCUUCCGGAAGAAUGCGACAUCAAGUUUGACGACUUCUCGCGCAAAUUCGGCACCGAGAGCGGCAUGAUAAAUCGCGGCCAGAUGAACUUCUCCGCCAUCCCCUCCGAGGACAUGGUCCGCAAAUACACGCCGCCCGCAACGGCCAAGACUCCUGCCCCAGAAGCCCAGAUCGGCACCCUCUGGGUCGAGUUCAACGGCGACGAAGCCUUCGGCAUGAAGCACCUGCGCGACUUCAUCACCCACCUCACCACGGGCUCCUACUACUCGGGCAUCAUGAUCGUCGUCAAGCCUUUGUCCGGAAUGGCCAUGCGCGCCCUUCGUGGCGCGGCUCAAUUGGGCAACGGACCCAAUGGCGGCGUCGAGGUCUUCCUGGAGCAAGAUCUCAAGAUCAACAUCACAAAGCACGAGCUGGUUCCUACGCACUUGCUGCUCAGCGCAGAGGAGAAGCAGCAGUUGCUCAAGCGGUACCGUCUGAAGGAGACACAGCUGCCGCGUAUCCAAGUGACGGAUCCGGUGGCCAAGUACUACGGGCUGAGGAGAGGGCAGGUUGUCAAGAUCAUCAGGAAGUCGGAGACGGCAGGAAGAUAUGCGAGUUACCGCUGGGCUAUAUGA